AUGGCACUACAAGCUCCUACAACUAAAAAUACGUUUGACGAUUGUGCAACAGCUAUGAAAGUGAAUGACGAUAAAAAUAGAGAAGAUUAUAGUGUUUGUGGUACAGAAAUGGAACAAAAAUGUUCCCUUCCAUGGAGUCCUUUGGAAAGGAACAAGUUCUCAUCAAAACAAAGAUACGUAUCCUGCAGUCGAUCGGUACCACGUAGAAAUAAACGUUUUGUUCGAUGCGAUUUAAGUCGGUCGUUAAAUUUCGAUGCAAACGUUUUCGACUCUAACUCGGAGAAUAGUUCUUUCGAAGAGAACAAACAUCUCUCCAGAUCUGCUAAAAUAAUGAGGGCUUUAUCUUUUAAUAGUAGCCCGUCGUAUUACGGAAAAACGAAAAUAAAGAAAUCGUUGAAUUUUAAUUUAACUCCUAGCCCAAAGAGAUUUCCACCUGUAAAGAAAAAUAUACGAAAAGCUUUGAGUUUGAACUUCAGUUCACCGUUGUCUGUUUCGAACAAACUAUUAGACUUUGACAAAGAUCCGAGCGAUUCCGCGAAUAGUAGUUUCAUAUUUGGCUCGUCGGAAUCAAUCGACGAAAAUCAAAAUGAAACGCCGUUACGACAACGUGCGAAAGAACGCGAAACAUUGCACUAUUCCACGCCGAAUACAAAUAUUAAUAGAAAGUCGAUGGGUUUGGCCAGUUUUACACCAUUGCUGCAUAAUCGGUUGAAAAAAACUACCGAUAAUAUUGUUUACAUUACUGCAACACCCAAUUCGCAGUCAUUGAAAUAUAUUACUGGAAGUUCGAAAUACUUUGAUAAUUCUACAACGAAUACAUCGAGAAAUUUAUUUCAUGAAUUUCAUGAGGAAGACGAUGAUAGACCUCAAACGCCUGAAAAUUUAAUUCGGAUAAUUCCGGAAAGCAUGAGCGCUAUCAAGAGAAGUCAUAAAAAGGAAAGAUCAUCGAAACGAAGCGGUCAUUGUACGACGCAACUAGCAAACAGUUUUUCAGACGACAAGGAUGUAACUGAAAAUAUAACGGACUUCGUAUUAACUCGACACACAGAACGUACAGAUUCUGACAGAGAAUCACAUUCGAGACACGUACAAUCAUGCAAUUCACAAGAUGAUAUGUCAGAUACUGGUUCGCUGUUCGACUACGCGGAGGAAUUAAAAUCCGAGGAAGCAUCGAAUCCUAUAGAAACUGGGGACAGUGUUUUGUCUGAGCUUUACGAAUGCGAUAUCAGAGUGCGAUCAGAAGAAAAUAUCGUAAAUGUAUCUGAAACCACAGAUCAAAAUGAAAUUAUGGCAGUAAAUGAUAGCAUUAAUGCGGGUACAUCAUCCGCUCAGUCUAUUUACGUAAAAGCUGACGACAGACCGGCGACCCCAGAAUUAACCACUGAAACUUCAUCAGAGUCUCAAAAACCGAGUACACCGGAGAAUCGUAUACAUCUUUUGCGAAGAAUAGCCGAAGAUUCUAUAAAAAAGUCACAUAAAAAGAAUAAAGAGGUAAAUAAGUGUAAAUUUUUUAGUCCAAUAGUUCUGCGAGGUAAGAUUGAAGCAGCUGAAGAGAGAAACAACAAGGAUGAGGAAAGUUUCGAGCAAAAUGAACACGUCGAAAAGAAUGAGGUACUUGUAAAAGUGAUUCACCCUGAUGAAUUGAAUUCGGAACGAGCAUCUACUCCUGAGAAGAUAAAUUCGAGCAGGCUGUUACUAUCGCAGUUUAGUUCCGUGAAGAAGUCUCACAAAAAGGGUAAGCAUAACAAAAUAUUAUCUGGAUUUCUGAAACGGCAAGAAUACUUUAACAAAGACAUGGACUUGGUGGGACACGAUAAAAAUUCAGAAUCCUGUGUUGAUGUUGGACCUAAAUCUGAACGCUCAGAGAGUAUGAAGGGUCUCUCUUAUUCGAAUCUGGAUGCGACGGUGAACCUUAGCGAUUCCAGUUAUUCGGCGAACGUGUCUUCGGAUAAACUAUCUCCCAGCAAAAGAAAAAUCCCAUUGGACGUGUCUCGAGAAUACAAUACGAGUGUAUCAUGCGAGUCUGAAUUACAAGAACUCGAUACGUCUCAGGAAGAAUUCAAAAUUUUCACUCCCCUUAAAAGAAAGCGAUCAUUAAUCUCUUCGACCACCAAAGAUUGUUUACGUUUUUAUAAUUUACCUUCUGGAAAAGAUGAGAAUACAAAGGAAGACAUCGCGGCAAACAUUAGUACGUCGAGAUGUUUAACGCCGAUUCUAAAUUUCGAGGAACAUUGUGCGCAGUCGAGUGCGAAUCACUUGGCGAUUGUAACACCCUAUAAUAACGUAACUACCGAGGAGUCUGACAUACAGGAAUGUGAUUCAAACGAUAGAACUGGUAGAUCAACUCCGAAAAACAUGUCAACGGUGGAAUUAUAUUUGAAUCUAGACUCGAUUAAGAAAUCCCACAAAAAGACUAAACGCGGAAAUAUUUCGCGGAAAGGUUUCAACCUGGUAGGGGACGACAGUUUCGGGGAAAGAUGCGGGCAGACUUCAUCGGCUGAGAUUGGAAACAAGACGCAUGAGACAUUCGAUCUGUCGGAGUACGAUGGAAAGAAUUUGGGCAUCGAUACAUCGAGCGAGGACAAUGGCGACGUACAAGGAUCGAGUCGUAUUCACGUGGCUGAUCAAAAUGCGGCAAGCACGAGCGCGGAGGGUGUAUUACAGAUUGUUACGCCACCGAAUUGUUUGAAAGUGAAAAAUUAUAUCAGACUUUUACGAGAAACAUCUAUCAAACGAUCGCAUAAAAAGGUCCGGGAUAAAAAGAAACACGAGUUAACGGUCGAUUCGAGCCAAUUGUCGGACGACGGAUCUAUAUUCGGGGAUGAAGAAGAAUCAGUUGACACCAGCCGUCGAUCUGUUCAAGAAUAAGA